AUGCCUUCAAUCACAUCUUCUCCAGAUGCUUCGCAGAGGGUAGAGUCAACAGUCAACAAGUCGUCGUCAGCUCUACCCAGUAUUAUUGACAUCCGUGGUAAACAUGUCGAAAUUAACUUGAAAGAACAAAUUGCUUCCAUGUUUAACCCUGAAGAUGGGCCGAGAAAACUUCCAACGCUUCUGUUGUAUAACGAGCGUGGAUUACAGAUAUUUGAAGAUAUCACAUAUCUGGAUGAGUAUUACUUGACAAACUAUGAGAUUGAGCUCUUGAGAAAAUCUUCUGCAGAAAUUGCUAGUCAGAUUCCUGAGGACUCGAUGGUUAUCGAGUUGGGAAGCGGAAACCUCCGGAAAGUCUGUUUACUCCUACAGGCCUUUGAGGAGCUUCGAAAGCCUAUACAAUACUUCGCUUUAGAUCUAUCUCUCAAGGAACUUGAGCGUACGCUGGCCCAGGUCCCUGAAUUUAAAUACGUCUCGUGCCAUGGUCUUCUCGGCACAUACGACGAUGGUAAAGAGUGGCUCAAGCAUCCCUCUCUCACAAGCCGCUCGAAGUGCAUCAUUCACCUCGGUUCCAGUAUUGGCAACUUCACUCGUGACGAGGGAGCCGAAUUUUUGGGAGGAUUUGCAGAGGUCCUCAGGCCAACUGAUUCCAUGAUCGUCGCUGUUGACUCUUGCAGCAACCCGGCCAAAGUCCACCGUGCAUACAACGACUCUCAGGGUAUAACCCACCGGUUUAUUCUUAACGGUCUUGUAAACGCCAAUGAGAUCCUCGGCGAAAAAGUCUUCGAUGCGGACGAAUGGAGAGUCAUCGGGGAGUACGUCUACGACGACCAAGGAGGGCGACAUCAGGCGUUCCUUGCUCCCAAUCGACCUACGGAUGUCCUCGGGUCGAGGGUCAUGCCACACGAGCGCAUCCAGAUCGAGCAAAGUCUCAAGUAUGAUGAAGAGGAAAAGACAAAGCUCUGGAAGCUUGCAGGUCUGACUGAGAUGGGUCGUUGGAGUCGGGGAGACGAGUAUGGACUUCACUUCUUGCAAAAAUCGAGUAUGCCGUUCAGCCUGAUACCCUCUCUCUACGCCGCAGAGCCACUUCCCACUGUUAAAGACUGGAAGGCUCUGUGGGAAGCAUGGGACGUUGUGACCAAGGGCAUGAUUUCCGAUGAAGAACUCCAGGAGAAACCCAUAAAGCUGCGUAAUGCAUGUAUCUUCUAUCUCGGCCAUAUUCCAACCUUCCUCGACAUUCAGUUGACGAAAACCACCGGCCAAGCUCCAACCGAUCCCGCAACAUUUUAUUCCAUCUUUGAGCGAGGCAUCGACCCCGACGUAGACAACCCUGAGCAUUGCCAUUCUCAUUCUGAGAUUCCUGAUGAGUGGCCACCGGUCCACGAGAUCACUGUGUAUCAAGACAGAGUUCGAUCUCGCUUGCAGAAACUGUACAAGAAUGGCCAAGACAAGAUCCCAAGGAACAUUGGUCGAGCUAUCUGGGUUGGCUUCGAGCAUGAGUUGAUGCACAUUGAGACUUUGCUCUACAUGAUGCUUCAGAGCGACAAGACGCUCCCACCACCGCAUACGGCGCAGCCUGAUUUCGCAAAGAUGGCUCAGCAAGCCUAUGAGGCCAGGGUCCCCAAUCAGUGGUUUGAUGUUCCCGAGCAGACGAUCACCUUGGGAAUGAAUGAUCCCGAGGAUGGUACUGAUUCCUCACGCCACUAUGGCUGGGACAAUGAGAAGCCUGCACGAGAUUCUAAGGUCCAUGCCUUCCAAGCUCAGGGCCGGGCUAUCACCAACGAAGAGUAUGCUCAAUAUCUGUACAACUCCAAGAUCGAUCAACUGCCUGCCUCUUGGUCAUCGGCCAUAGCUAAGAAGGAAAGUGAAGUCGCCAAUGGUGGCCAUGCCAAUGGUCACUCAAACGGCCACUCAAACGGAAAUGGCCACAGCACUAAUGAAGUUCCCGAGUCGUUCAUCCAGGAUAAGUUCGUUCGAACCAUGUACGGACUGGUUCCUUUGAAGUUCGCUCUCGACUGGCCCGUGUUCGCUUCAUACGAUGAGCUUGCUGGUUGCGCAGCAUGGAUGGGUGGCCGCAUCCCCACCUUCGAAGAGGCCAAGAGCAUAUAUGCGCAUGUUAACAAGCAGAAGAAGGCCGAGGCCGGUCGUAUCUUAUCAAAGACGGUCCCAGCAGUUAACGGACACCUCGUCAACAAUGGCGUCGAAGAGACACCCCCAUCAAACUCCUCCGCUUUGGUCAAGGAUAGCUCCUCUGAGCUAUUCUUCGACCUGACCGACGCCAACGUCGGUUUCCGCCACUGGCACCCAAUGCCAGUCACCUCCCGGGGCAACAAGCUCGCGGGUCAGUCCGAGAUGGGUGGUGUCUGGGAAUGGACCAGCUCGCCUCUCGGGCGACAUGAAGGCUUUGAGCCUAUGUCUUUGUAUCCCAUGUACACGGCGGACUUCUUCGACGGUAAGCACAAUGUCGUCCUUGGUGGUUCGUGGGCCACGCACCCACGCAUCGCGGGACGAGCGAGCUUUGUGAACUGGUACCAGAGGAACUACCCCUACGCGUGGGUAGGAGCCAGGCUAGUCCGGGAUAUCUAA